AUGCUUUCCUGGAGCGUAUACCAACAGUGCCAGCAGUCACAGACUGCAACUUCGGAAUUGGCGAAAGAUACGACGCAGUGCCCGACCGAGGUUUUUGAAUCCUUGUUUUCGCGACAUCACCAGCAUAGCCGCGAAAAGUCGGAGUUGGAUGGCGUCAAGGAGUUUGAGCAGAAAGAUGAGCUUCAAAAAGCGCGGGAAUUAAGAGCCGAGCAUGAAUUGUUUUUGGCGACAAACUUUUGGAUUCACUCAGAUGCAUCGACGCUGGUGACCAACGCAUUGCGGGAACUGUCAAGGCGAGCUGGGGAGAGGGGGAAGAAGGUCGUCGUCAAAAUGCUGUACGACCGGGGAGAUCCUCGUCAGGCCUGGGAGAACCGUCUCACUGUCACGGAGGAGCAAUGGACUAGCGCCAAGGUCAACAUCCCCCCAUCAAAAGACAUUCCCAAUCUCGAUCUUCAAGUGAUCAACUAUCACCGACCUGUCUUUGGAACAUUUCAUGCCAAGUUCACCAUAAUCGACCGACGCAUUGCCUUGUUGCAAAGCAGUAAUAUUCAGGAUAAUGACAAUCUCGAGAUGCUGGCUCAUUUAGAAGGUCCUAUUGUUGACUCGUUCUACGACACUGCAUUGUUGUCAUGGGGUAAGCAGCUCGAUCCUCCGCUACCUCUGCUUGAUUCCCCGGCCGCAUCUGCGCCAAUUCCGUGGCAUGAAGAAAAGGGAAAUACAACCGGAAACGAGAAUGAGAUCAUUGAAGAGCAUACAACAAAGUCCCCUCACUACGAUUCCACCCUCAGCGGAGAGGCGCGGAGGGUCAAUGGCAGCAUUGAACCGCGUGGUGAUGAGACAGCUACUCAGGCUGUGAGCCGUCAUCUCAACACCACUAUCCAACCAGAUACAACGGGGAAUGCACCCGACAGCGACCAGGUGAAUUGGAUGACCCCGUAUGUCGUCAUGCCUCUCCAUGAACCAUUUGCAAUCGCCCUUGUUAACCGAGAACCAUAUGGAUCUCCAAACCACAGCCAUGUCCAUGUUCCCCAAAACGCAGCCUUCCUCUCUGCCAUAAACCAUGCACAGCACUCAAUUCUCAUCCAAACUCCAAACCUGAAUGCGGAGCCCCUGCUGGAUCCACUCCUAAAAGCUGUCUGUCGCGGUGUAACGGUAACUGCCUACUUGUGUCUCGGCUACAACGACGCGGGCGAGCUGCUCCCAUUCCAAAACGGAACCAACGAGAUGAUUUCAAAUCGACUGUAUAGUAGUCUCGCGACUGAUGAAGAGAAGUCUCGACUAAAGAUCUACUACUACGUUGGAAAAGACCAGAUCCAGCCGAUUCAUAACAAGUUCAAGCGCCGAAGUUGUCACAUCAAAUUGAUGGUUAUCGACGAGAAGGUUGCUAUACAGGGGAAUGGAAAUCUCGACACCCAAUCAUACUUCCACAGCCAGGAGGUGAACAUGCUCAUUGACUCAGAAAUUGUCUGCAAGAAAUGGAUCGCGGUCAUUAACUGCAAUCAAAACACUGCCAAGUACGGCGCUUCCAGCACCAAGGACGGCUGCUGGCAUGAUCCAGUCACUGGAGAGAUUCCCAAUGGCUCUAUUGGAACCGACCCUGGGCAUUUCAGCUGGGCCAGAGGAAUUGUUGGUGCUGUCCAGCGAGUCAGGGGAGCAGGAGGAUUUUGA